GUGCCGCGCGUCAGAAGAUACCCUUCGUCAUCCCCGCGAGCAACGACGGCUCGUCCGUGGCCUGUGGAAUCGAAGGGUCGCCGUGGUAUUUGAAGAGGCCACUUCCCGUAGAAAGAUACUCCAGGUCGAAACAGCUCGUGGGGAAAGUGGAGGUAAGGACGGAGAGUACGCGACUGGCGUGAAUAUCUACCCCCGUGGACAUCGGUGGUGCACGGGUGAGCCCUCGACACAAUCACACCGGCCGGGGGACAGCCCAAUCCUUAAGAUGUGAUUUUAAAAAUGGCGGAUUGUCCCUAUGCCCGCUGCAUACAGGAACGGAAACACAUACGCCGUGAGCUGCUGCGAUGGACAAAGAACAUGGUCUUCGUAGUCGGUCUGGAGCGGGUUGCAGAGGAGUUGAUGGGCCGUAGGAGAUGGAAGCAAUACCAGGACACCCUGUACAGCAGCAGCAGCAGCAGCAACAACAACAGCGGCGGCACAAGUGGCACUCGCAGCAACGACACCACCUUGGCGCCUGCGGCCGCGAACCAGCAGCAACAGCUGCAAAUCCAACUACAGCAGCUGGCUCAGGUGAAACCAGACGAUUCGCCGAGCCAGUCGUUGAAGGCGUGUCUCGCAUCGGCAACCAACUUCCAGCAACAGCAGCAGCAACAGAGAACAGCGGUGGCGGCGGGUGCACAAACCGCUGCCGCCGCUGCGAGCGCCGGCGCGACGACCAACUGCACGACAACGACCCCGACAAGUGGUACCUCGUCCUCGGUCGAGGCUGCUGGCGGUGGCUGCGGCUCGCCGAGGCCGGCCGAGGAGCAGCGCGCGCUGGCCCACCCGGUGGCCGGAGGCCCGGAGAACGGCCGGCUCGUGGAGAACGGCUCGCUCGCCGUGAACGGGCCCAGCUUGCACGAAGCGAACGACGAGCUGGUGCCCCAGCAGCUGCUGCUGCACUUGCAGCAACGCGACCUUGGCUUGACGGGAGCGGGCCACGUUUUCACAAAGGUCAAGUUAGACGCGGACGAGGAGAUUGGCAGGAGGGCCGCGCCGGAGGAGGAGGAGGAGGUGGAAGAGCCGGGGGACGAAGUGGAGGCGAGCCAGAGGAUCAAAAGGGAGAGGUUGGACGAGAGAUUGGGGUUCAGUCCGGCGAGGGAGGACUGCAAGCUCAACGACACGAAAGGGACCAAGGAGAUAAAAGAAGAGGCGCCAGUGGUACAUGUAACACAAGGCUUGCUGAGAGUAAAGAAGGAGGAGGAGCUACAGGAAACGUGUUCGAUCAGGCCAUUGUCGACCCCGGUCAGUCACAAUCACCAUCCCCAUCUCGCCCAGCAUCAUCAUCAUCACCACCACAACAACAACAACAACAACAGCAACAGCAGCAACAACAACGGCUUGGAACCGCGGAGCGCCUCGACACCACCGAAAAAGGAAAUCGCAUUCUGCUCACCCACGUUUUUAUUGGGUCGACGGCAGAGCCCACCACCCGAAGAUUGGAAGCCGCUCGACAAGUGCUACUUCUGCCUCGAUGGCAAGCUGCCGCACGACGAGCAGGCGCCACUUAGUCCACAAAGCGAGAGCAGCAAUAGUUCGCGCUCGGCCGAGUCGCCGAUGGCGGUGCAAGUGGACCCGAUGGCCGCUUCGGUGGUCGCGGCUGCCCUCAGUGGCACCUACCCGACCCUUUUGCCCCAGUGGUGCUUACCACCCCAGGAACCGCCCCAUGUUAUCGCAGCCGUUGCCGCAGCAGCCGCCGCUGCCCAGCAGGAGAACGUGGGUGCCGACCAGCCACUCGACCUCUCGGCAAAGCCCAAAAAUUCGCAGGUCAGGGACAAUAACAUAUCAAUACUCGAUCAGCAGAAGAUACCGCUACGAAUGGCGGCCGCCAUCGACCCGAAAACCAUAUUCAACAGUACGUGUUACCGGGCGAAGCCGCGUGUGGCGGGUGGACAGGUGACGGGCGGCUCAGGAGUGUCAGCAGCGACAGGCGGAGGUGGGCGUCGCACGUACACGGAGGACGAGCUGCAGGCAGCCCUGCGCGACAUCCAGAGCGGAAAGCUGGGCACGAGGCGGGCAGCGGUGCUCUAUGGCAUACCCAGGAGUACCCUACGCAACAAGGUUUACAAGCUGGCGAUGGAGCGCGAGCGGGACGCUAGUCUAGCCCAACAGACGGCUGCUGCUGCUGCUGCUGUGGACGAGAAAGAUCUGUCGGGCGCCGAGGAGGAGAAGGAGGUGGAGAAGGCUCUACUGAAGCCACUGCUAUCGCUCGAAGAUCUAGUGAGAUUUUCCAGCCUCGAAAGUGGUGGUGGCGAGUCACUGAGGGCACUAUUGCAACGUGGGGCACACGAGGCAGCUGCCGGUGGUGCCCCCGAAUGGACCUCGGCGUUCGAGCACUCCAACAUCGGGCCCUACUUACAAAAAAUGCUCGCUGCCACUGCACCGUUUAAAGGUCAAAUCUUUUUCGAUGCAGGAAUGGUGUCGCAGGACUACAGAAUACCAGAGGUCAUGCACCGGCUAAUGUGCGAGGAAAAAAAGCUGAACAAGGAUACGAACAUCGUGAAUGGCGACCAGGUACAACACCUUCAACACGUCACGCUUCUCCACCGACUCUCUCAGUCGAACCAACAACGAGUCUCGCUGAAUAAUGACGACUUCAACCCUAUGAUCGAGGACGAUGCAAGCGACAGCGGCCAGGGCCGGCCAAUCCUCAAGAUUCCGUCCUACAAGCCAGCCAGUAGCAGCGGCGGUGGUGGUGGUGGCGCGACGACACCCGGCCCCAGCAAAAACGGACCCGAAUCGGCAGCUGCCAGCUUCGCCCAGAGCUUCGUGGCAAACGCCAGUCCCGGUCUUCUCGAGCGUGUCAGUCCCGCCACCGCGUUCUCCGGCACGAGCUCGCCCACCAACUCGCUCGUUGGCAAAGCCAUGCCCGUUAACUUCCGCGACGUCAUCGCCAAGAGCAUCAGCGUCAAGUUCCAGGAGGGCCAGCAGCAGCAGCAUACUCCCCUUUCUGGCCCGGGAACGGCCCAGUCACUGAUCGUCGAGCCAAGCCCGUAUAAGCGCGGUCGCUUCACACCACCCACGCAUCAGCAAUCGGCUGCUCAACAGGUGUCGACGGGCAACCAGUCGUCGCUCGGUCACAAGGCGUCGGUCCAAUCGCAGGACAAGAAUCAGAACAAGCAGAGCGCGGGGGGCAAGGGCACGAGACCGAAACGCGGCAAGUAUCGCAAUUACGACCGAGACAGUCUGGUCGAGGCGGUCAGGGCCGUGCAAAGGGGAGAGAUGAGUGUGCAUAGGGCAGGCAGCUACUACGGCGUGCCGCAUUCGACGCUUGAGUACAAGGUCAAGGAGCGGCAUCUCAUGAGGCCGAGAAAGAGGGAUCAGAAGCAACCGGACGACAAGUCGAAGGAAGGUGGUACGGGCUCGACAGCUCUGCGUACAAGCGGAGGGCCAACGGGAACGAACGCAACCGCGGACAAGAAGGCUCCGGUGACACUGCUCAAACCUCAACAGAAGCCAUUUGGUAGCUCGGCGGCGGCAGCAGCAGCAGCAGCAGCCACGGGGGGCAUGCCAGUGUCCAAUGGCCUCAAAAUGCCACCCUUCAUGGACGGCAUGACCGCCCACUUACCCUUCGCACACCCAUUCAACUUUUGGGGUCCUGCUCCUUUUAUGCCAGCGCCUUUCAUACCCGGUGGGCCCAACGUGCCUCCCGCGGCUAUCCUCCAGACCGAGCAGUAUUUCGCGUCGCAACGGAUGCGAGGUCUUCAGGAACAGCAGCAGCGUAACGCCCGGGAUGGCACGCUAUCAGAGCAGCCAGGUACAUCAAACGCACGGGGUACCUCGUUGAUGAAAUCACCACGGGACAUGAGCGAGAGCGGUAGCCAGUACGAGGGUAACAGUCCAGUCUCAGCAGCGGCGGUGGCUGCAGCGGCAGCAAAUGGAAGCUUUCUCGAUAACCUAAUAAGGUCGAGUCUGGAAUCAAGUAUGCCGCGCGACCGCACAACCGGUGCGCCACCACAAACCCAACCGGAAAACCUGGGUAGCAAAGUCCUAAUAGACCAGCUGUGCAGAAACUCGAGGCGGACGCCUUUACCCCGCCUGAUGCAACAGGACAGUAGCGAAGACGAGGCGCCGACGAAUUAUCGAGUACAAACGCCGCAGCAACAGAGGCCGUUGCCAGAGCGACCAGAGCGCGUACCUACCGUUGAUCUGAGUCCUUCGCCCUCCGAAAGGGCCAGAGCUACGGAUGAGGGUAGCGAUCGGGGAUUGGCGUCGCCACCGACGCCGCUCUCCCUGUCCAGGCUCAGUGGAUCUGGUAGGGAUGACGAGACCACCAGAGAUUCUAGGAGUAGCCGCGAACGCGAGGUAACAAACGGUGGAGGCAGCGACAAAUCCGAUGAUCGCACGCAGGACUCGAGCAGUAACAGUAGCGGCAACAACACGACGAAGCUGAACCACUUCCCGGACAUGAAGCAGCAGCAGCAGCAGCAGAACCUUUAUGCCGCGUCAACUGACAAAAAAAGUGCCUGUGAUAGUAAGCUUAUAGUAGAUCAAUCGAGCCAGAAGACUCAGCAAGCUAGCAGCGUCAAGGACUACGUUGGCGGUGAUUACGCCAACAACGGCGGCAUGAACGGCCCAUCGUCGACGAGCCCGGCGUCCCAGCAGGCUAUCUCCUCGUCACCGUCGCCACCGAGUCCUUCCCGCUCGCCCGAGACGAUGAUGGCCAUCGACGAGUCGGUAGAACAGUAGGGCAGUUUACAAAAUGAAAAGAUAAAGACAAACAAAGAAAAGGAUGAUUAACAGUUUUAAUUAUAAUUGUAAUAAUAUAUAAGCGAGGGAUUAUGCGAACAAGGGAUCGGGAGGUUGAAGGGUGGCGACAGCUCGCGCGAAGAGCGUCAUCUUCGAUCGAACGUAUGUUGUUAUUUAACCAUACACACGUGGGAGGAGUAAAAGCGGCGGACGAUACGAAAAGGGUAUACUGCGCAUGUUAUACGCUUAAAAAUUAGCUUAAGGAGAUCGACGAGGGAUUAAAUACGAUGUAGGAAAAAAAAGGCUAAGAGGCGGCCCAUGAAGCUAGGAUGUUUUCUAAAAAAAAAGGAAUGAAUAAAUAAAUAAGAAAGCGAGUUGUAUAAUCGAUGAAACUAAACGCGCGUAGUUUUCAUAUACACAUGUAUACAUACACAUCGAAACACUCGACGUUUUUCGACUGUUAGAUAGAGAGAGAGAGAGGGGGGGGGGGGAAGAACGCGCGAGGUUUCGAUACAACCUAGCGGUACAAAAAAACACAUGUUUAUCGAAACACACGUGAGAACUCGCACAUAUCGUGCAUCUCACAUUCAAGCCCGUUGACCUGUAUGACUUUAUACGUGGAUUCAUGCCCAAUAUGAGUGUGAUAUCUAGUAUGGUAAUUGGGCCACGAUCUUUGGUCCUGAAAUUAUUAAUAUUAUUUUUUUUUUUUUUCCAUUGAAACCUAAUUCCAACAUCAUACAUUCCUUUAUCUAUUUGUCUGUUGUAACUGUAUCAUUAUUCUUUACUAUCUCUCGAUUAAGUUAUCCGAAAAUUAAUAUUAAAACCUCCCCGUUAAACUUACUGAUAACCUAAUGUGUACCAAUUAUUGAUGAAAUCAUGUUAAGAAAAUAUGAAAAUGCAGAGUACAAUAGAUCGUUACUAUUUAUAUUUACAUGCCAUUUUGUGAUCGAAUGCAUAUCAAAUUGCUUAUUUGAUCUGUCACAAGCUUUCUAUUUUGUCACCAGUGCACUACUGAAUUUCUAUCAAAAGUCAGACAUUAAUAAUCAGACAAAAUCUCGAGUAUGAAAUAAUAUAAGUAUUUGUGCAUGAAACAUCGUAUUUCAUACACAUGAUUUCAUAGUAACGAACAAACGUACGAUGUACAAUAAUUCAGUACGACUCUAACAGUAAAUAUAAGUCGCGUUUCACAGGCUCGCGAGUGUGAAGAAAGAACUCAGUUGUAGUUUCGCUUUGAUCUCGUCGAAGCUGCGUGGAAUAACAUAACCUAAAAAAAGUGGUAAAGUAAGAACACAAGAGCAAGAUAGAUUGCAAAGAGACGAUUAAACGAAUAAAAGAAUAGUACUCGAGACGAUUCAACAAAAACAAAAAAAAUCAAGCAAAAAUGUGAAAGAAAAAAAUUGGACGAAACACAAAGUGUUUUUUUCAAAAAUCUUACACUGUGUUUUGUCAAAAAUCUUACACUAACGAGCUAACAUACCCACACUUUGGAAAAGGAGAUAUUUACACUGAUAAUACACUUAAAUACACAUAUAAAGACACAAACAAAAACAUAUUAAGUAUAAGAAAAAAUCUCAAAGUCUAAAACACCCGCGCGAGACUGCAUGACCCUGUUCGAACAUACUCUAAACAAAAACCCCCUUUGAUUUGAAUAAAUAAUAAAUCAUAUAUGUGAUUUGUAAGGAAAUUCCCAUCUAAAUGA